AUGAGUGAUAGCUUGAGCUCUGGUACUUCAGGAAACAUCGCCGGCAGUUCCGCUGCUCAGAGAGCCAGUCUUCACCCGUUUGCACACCUUUUGGAACAAUUGAAUGGGUUUGACGAGAAGAUUUACGCUAUUCAGAAACUGGGAAAGGAUAAAGUGUGCCGUCUACCGCACUGUAUCCGUGUGCUACUGGAAUCAGCUGUUCGCAACUGUGAUGGUUUUCUUGUGACUGAAGCCGACGAUUUUACGGGUGUACCUUGUGUAGUCGAUCUUGCGGCCAUGCGCGACGCUAUGGUGGAACUUGGGUGCGACCCUCUAAAGAUUAACCCAAAGGUUCCAGUGGACCUAAUUAUUGAUCACUCUGUUCAAGUGGACAAGGCCAGAAGCAAGGAUGCAGCGUCGUACAACGAGGCAAUGGAAAUGCAUCGCAACAAGGAGCGUUUUGCCUUCUUAAAGUGGGCAGCGAAUACGUUUUCCCGGAUGCUAAUUGUGCCUCCAGGGUCUGGUAUCGUACACCAAGUUAAUCUGGAGUAUCUCGCAAAGGUUGUAUUGACUAGAGACGGCGUUUGCUUCCCUGAUUCACUUGUGGGAACAGACUCGCACACCACCAUGAUCGAUGGACUGGGCAUUCUGGGUUGGGGCGUCGGUGGCAUCGAAGCUGAGGCGACAAUGCUGGGUCAACCGGUAUCCAUGACGUUGCCACCCGUUUUGGGUGUACGCCUUGUUGGACGAUUAAGCCCAUCUUGCACUACGACAGAUGUCGUUCUGCAUGUAGUUCGCAUACUGCGCAUGCGGGGUGUUGUUGACCACUUCGUGGAGUUCUUCGGAGAGGCGUGUGCCACACUCUCCGCCCCGGACCGCGCAACCAUUGCAAAUAUGAGUCCUGAAUUUGGUGCCACAAUUGGUUACUUCCCCCCUGAUGAAGUGACUCUCAAAUACUUGCUUUCCACUGGUCGAAGCCCCCGAGAGGUUGAAAAGAUCAGGGCCUACCUCUUACAGCAGGGGAUGCUUCGGAUGUACGACUGCUCAGAGCCGGAAGUAUACUACACAGACGUGCUGGAGAUUGACUUGUCCAAGAUUGAGCCCUGCGUUGCUGGUCCCAAGCGCCCACAAGACGAAGUCUUCCUCCGCAACCUUAAGGCAGAGUUCACUGCUAAUUUGACUGCACCACCGGGGUUUAAGGGCUUCGGACUAAAGUCGGAAGCUGUCUCUCUUCGAGUUCCGCUGAAAUUCCAAGGCAAGAACUUUGAGCUGAAACAGGGCUCAGUCGUAAUCGCAGCAAUUACCAGCUGUACGAACACAUCCAACCCAUUUGUUAUGAUCGGAGCCGGUCUACUGGCGCAAAAGGCAGUUGAAUUGGGCCUUUCCGUUCCUCCGUACAUUAAGACGUCUCUGUCACCAGGCAGCCACGUGGUUCUGCGAUACCUCGAAGCCGCAGGCGUUCUACCAGCCCUCGAGGCGCUUGGUUUCUACCUUGCAGGAUUCGGAUGCAUGACGUGCAUCGGCAACAGUGGAGAUCUUCCUGAGGAGGUGACCGCAGCAAUCCAGGCGAAUCCAGACCUUAUUACGGCAGCCGUCCUUUCCGGCAACAGGAAUUUCGAGGGCCGCGUUCACCAGCUCACGCGGGCAAACUAUCUGGCUUCUCCACCGCUUUGUGUAGCAUUUGCAAUCGCAGGCCGUGUGGACAUAGACUUUGAAGCAGAGCCACUCGGUAUUGGGAAGAACGGACAACAGGUGUACUUGCGCGACAUCUGGCCGAGCCCGACUGCCGUAAAUGCUUUGGUAGAAACUGUGCUGCUGCCUUCACUCUUCGAGGAGGCAUAUAGGAACAUCCAGCAAGGGAAUGAGACCUGGAGAGCACUUGAGGCACCCGUGGGCACGCUGCUCAAAUGGCCUGAGAACUCAACAUAUAUUCACAAGCCUCCCUACUUCAAUGGACUGACUAGGGAACCGUUGCCCGUACAGUCGAUUUCUAAGGCCAGGUGCCUUCUUCUGUUGGGAGACAGCAUUACGACUGACCAUAUUUCGCCAGCUGGGAGGAUUGAAAAGAAUUCCCCCGCCGGUCGUUAUCUUUUGGCUCACGGUGUAACGCAACGGGAUUUCAAUUCCUAUGGGAGCCGCCGUGGUAAUGAUGAAGUUAUGACACGGGGAACGUUUGCAAACAUUCGCCUGGUUAACAAGCUUGCUUCUGCUCCUGGCCCCAUUACAAAGCACUUCCCCUCUGGGCAGGAACUACCCGUUUUCGACGUUGCACAAAUGUAUAGAGAGGCGAGCACACCGUUGAUUGUCAUUGCCGGAAAGGAAUACGGCAGCGGAAGCAGCAGGGAUUGGGCAGCGAAGGGUGUGGCUCUUUUGGGUGUCAAAGCGGUUAUUGCGGAGAGCUAUGAACGGAUUCACAGAUCCAACUUGGUUGGAAUGGGAGUAUUGCCCCUCCAAUUCCAAGAGGGCGAGUCUGCCACCUCACUUGGACUCACGGGGGCGGAAGAGUUUUUCAUUGACCUGACUAAUUUAGGCGUGAAGGCAGCAAUUGAGGUGCAAGUCGGCGACGGGCGAAGAUUCACAACUAGGUGCCGCUUAGAAACAAACGUAGAACUCGAGUACUUCAAAAAUGGAGGGAUCCUGCAAUUCGUUCUGCGGAAGUCUGCAUCGAAUUCAGGAAGUUAG